AUGCCUGAUCGUUUAGAUGGUUUCUAUUACAUUGAUACUAAAGGCUUAGCGUGGGCUAUCGAUAAAGUAGACUUUCACUCUUUCUGCUGGAACAGAUUAAUCACUGCCCUUAAACUGCUCCGAAAAGCUUUGGACAAUGCGACCGAUGCUAAACCUUUGGCUCUCGUACUCCACAGGCUCACGACCGCGGACAGGUGCUCCGAGGAUUUUUCCAAGUUUCUCUUAAUUCGCUUUGGAGAUUCCGAACCCACACCCACAAUGCAACACUUCCAGGGCCUUACGCUUCCAGCAUACUUGAAUCUUAUCUACUCUGUGAACGAGAAACACCUGGGCAAGGUUGAAGAAAAACACCUCCCCAAGGUUGCCAAACACUGCGAGGAAGCCUGCCUACCAUGGAUUAAGAAUGCCGUCAUUGAUUCUGCGACUCGUGCACUCGAAAAUGGUCCAAAAGAACGUUACAUGAAUUUUCAGGAACAGUUGGUCGAUGCUAAAACCGGAUCGCAAAAUCGACCAGAACCAACGUCUGGCACGGUAUCACCGAGCCCUUCAGUCUCCAAGAACUAUGCUCAACAGCAUGAGCUGGCGACAGGGCAAGCACAAAAAAACAGCCAGUUGCAUGCAACGAGUAAUGAUGGAAGGCAAGCGGACUUGGGCAGGAUGACGAAAGAAGCGCAAGUAUCGGAUCCUCAAUUAUUCGAGCCGGAGAAUCGAAGUUGGGAAGCGUCGAACUCGCAAGUUGAGCGCGAUAGGACCAGCCCCCAGCAUUACGAUCCACGGAAUACGAUCUCCGCUCCUUUACCUCUGCAACAGCUCGGCAUCUCCCAGAACCCCAGCGCUGCAGCCUCAACAAUUGAAUAUCUCGAGCCGGUCGAUCAAGUCGACAAAUGGGGGUUCUCAGAUUCACAAGUUCAACUCGGCAGGACUCGUCUUCCGAUCAACAGCCUCAUAAAUACUAUUCCUAUCGAGUAUCAUCCACUACACGACUCUUCAAGGACAGUCCAAGGAAAUACCCUGAACAGUGCUGUUCAUGGGCCACCUACAACUCAGGAUGAAACCUUUCAGGCUGUCAGAAACUUGACAGGAACGGAAGUCAGUGCUUUUUUAGCGGAGGCUCUGAGGCAUUUCCAAAGCCUAGACUUGAUUACGGACAAGACAAUCUGCGACGCCACAAAUUAA